CACUUCCCACUUAACUACACAAAUUUUCUUCACUCUCUCUCUCUCUCUCUCUCUCUCAGCAGAGUCUCUUGGCCUCCCUUAGCUUGUUGGCUGCUACCUUCAGCCUUUGAAAUCUGGAUAAAAAAAUCCAAUCUUUUUUCCAAAUCUGAGUCCAUUUUGUGAAUCUCUAAUCGGUUUCUGCUGUUUAUUUGAUCUGGGCUUUCUCUCUCUCUCCCUGUUUCAGAUCAGUUUUUCAUCUAAUUCUCACUCACAGCAUACCAAGACUUCAUCUUUUUGUUUCCCUUUUACCGUUGAAACUAUUCAUGCAGGUUCAAAAUCUUAUCUUUUUAUUGGGUUUCUAAUUGGUGCAGUUUGUUUUUCUUGAAAAUUGUUUCUUUUAUUUAGGUUGCAGAUGGGUAUUCUUUCUUAUUGAGACAGCUUCAUUUGGUAUAACUAUCGUAAUUUUGCUCGAAUUGCUGAUUUCAAGAAUGGGUAGAGGGAGAGGAAAAGGGAAGAAACAAUCUGCACUUGCUGCUCGUGAUGACACUGGCAGCGGUGAGGAUGAGAAGCUGCCCGUGAGGAGAAGAGGGAGGCCGCAAAAACCAAUGAAAGACGACUUUGAGGAGGUGGACGAAGUUGAGAAGAAUGAGGAAGAAGACGAAGAUGGUGAGGAGGCGAAAAUUUUUGCGUUGAGCAAAAGCAGCAAGAACCAAGCUGCUAUAGAGAAUGGCAGGAAGAGGAAGAGGCCCUCACAGACUAAAGAAAGCGAUGAAUUAGUAAAGGAGGAGGAAGCCAAAAGUAAUGAUACUGUCCUAAUCAAGCCCGUUGGCUAUAGACAACACGGGAGCAGAAGGAAGAACAAGCCUAGACGGGCUGCUGAAGUUGGUGUCGAAUGCAAAUAAAUUUUGUAUUGGCAUAUCGAGAGGUGGAAUGGAGCCUUCUUUCUCGGAUGACAGGGCCUUCCCAAUAUUUGUUUUUGAGUUCAUGUGUUUUGCUAAUGCCUUGGAAUCAAUUGUUUUUGUUAAUGCAAAAGAGAUAUAACAAUUUUUGUGUUUAUAUUUGAUCCCAUUUUGAUAUAUUUGAUCCCAUUUUGAUUUAA